AUGGUCUACUACUUCACCUCCAAGGCGGUGGACCCGCCCGCCUUCAUCUACGUCGGCAAGGACAAGUUUGAGAAUGAGGAGCUGAUCAAGUACGGCUGGGAGGAGGAUUUCCACGCCGACAAGCUCUCAUCGGCACAUAUCUACCUCCGUCUUCCCGACCCCAAGGACCCUGCCAACACCUCCCCCAUGACGUGGGAUGCCAUCCCCGAGCCGCUCCUUGUCGACCUCGCCCAGCUCACCAAGGCCAACUCCAUCGAGGGCAACAAGAAGGACAACGUCACCGUCAUCUACACCCCCUGGUCCAAUCUCAAGAAGGACGGCAGCAUGGCCGUCGGCCAGGUCUCCUUCAAGGACCCCCGCAAAGUCAAGAAGAUCCUCGUGCCCCAGCGCGAGAACCCCGUCGUCAACCGCCUCAACAAGACAAAGGUCGAGAAGAAGCCCGACCUCAAGCAGGAGAGGGACGACAGGCUCAGGGAGCUACGGAAGAGGGACCAAGCCUCCGCUCUCGAGAGGAAACGAGAAGAGGCCCGCAUCGCCCAGGAGCGCAAGGAGAAGAAGUGGCAGAAGGACCAUGCCUACGAUGACAUCUUCACCGAGGAGAACAUGGAGUCGACGAGCAACCAGAACCGCGCCCCCGACUGGGAGGACGACUUUAUGUAA